CACUCUACAAUUUGCUCUCUCACUCUAAAAUUUGCUCUUCUCCUCUGUAUAGUUGCAGGGAGCAUUUUUCAUGUACCAGUGAGAGAGAAGGGAAUUCUUCUCUUUCUUUUUAGAGAGAGAAAGGGAGGCUGUUGUCCUCUCUUUCGAUAUCUUCGAUGGCAGGAGAGGGGCCUGAUUCAGAGACCAGGCCCUCAUCUCCUUCUCAGAAGAAACCCACCAGUCCCACUUAUGUGAAAGCCAUUUCUGGUUCACUCGGUGGUAUAGUUGAGGCCUGUUGCCUUCAACCCAUUGAUGUGAUAAAGACUAGGUUGCAGCUUGAUACCAGUGGUAAUUACAAGGGGAUUCUCCAUUGUGGUACCACCAUUGCAAGAACAGAGGGAAUUAGGGCGCUAUGGAAAGGUCUUACACCCUUUGCGACUCAUCUAACCCUAAAAUACACGCUGAGAAUGGGUUCGAAUGCUUUGCUUCAGUCUGUGUUUGUAGAUACAAAGACUGGGAAGCUCAGCAAUGGAGCGAGAAUGGCAUCUGGAUUUGGGGCGGGAGUGCUCGAGGCUCUGCUUAUCGUUACCCCAUUUGAGGUGGUGAAAAUCAGACUGCAACAGCAAAGAGGACUAAGCCCUGAACUCCUGAAAUACAAGGGCCCCAUCCAUUGUGCCCGGAUGAUCAUUCGUGAAGAAGGUUUUCUAGGUCUAUGGGCAGGGGCUGCCCCUACAGUGAUGCGUAAUGGGACAAACCAAGCCGCCAUGUUCACAGCCAAGAAUGCUUUUGACACUGUACUCUGGAAGAAGCAUGAAGGAGAUGGCAAGGUUUUGCAGCCAUGGCAAUCAAUGAUUUCAGGUUUUUUAGCAGGAACUGCUGGCCCCAUAUGCACUGGACCUUUUGAUGUAGUAAAAACAAGGUUAAUGGCUCAAAGCAAAUCUGGAGAAAUCAAGUAUAAAGGCAUGGUUCAUGCUAUUCGAACUAUAUAUGCAGAGGAAGGGUUAUUGGCGCUUUGGAAGGGGUUGUUACCUAGGCUUAUGAGAAUACCUCCAGGCCAAGCCAUCAUGUGGGCUGUAGCUGAUCAGGUCACAGGCCUCUACGAGAGGAGAUACAUACACAAGGCUACUGUAUAACUGUAAUUCUAAGUGAAGAAGAUGCAUGCAUGGGCCAGUGUAUAAUUGGAUCUAAAGAAGGCGAGAUGAAAGGUUCUUCUGUUUCCUCUCUGAUGGUUUCUCUAAAUUAGUCCUUUUCAUUGUGUGGAAUCUUAUUUCUUGGAGAUGAAAUAAAAGCGAGAAUUGGGGUCGUCGGUUUUAUUCCACCUCUGCUUUGUUGAAUUCGUUUAUGUGAGGAUUUGAAGGGAUGUAUUUUAAAAGAACAUUGGGAGAUCUUUUUGUAAUUUUGUAAUUUUGGGGGCCAAGAAUGAGAUUUUGGGGCUUCGAUUUGCUUUCAUUGCAA